CACCAUCCAGCCUCUUCUUGCAUCGCCGUUUCCAAACAUCCCAAACUAAAUCCUUCAAGAUGGGAUCCCAAGCCAAUGAAGCACCAGAAUCUGUGCCUCUCGAACCCAUCGAAAACCCAGCAGCAAAAGACGCACCUUACUACACCCCAUCCCAAUCCCCCCCUGCCGGCACAGCCAUCCUCCCAUCAUCAUCAACCACCACCACCUCCUCCCCUCUCCCCAAACUCUUCACCCCCUUCACAAUCCGCGCCCUCACCCUCCAAAACCGCCUCUUCCUCGCCCCCCUCUGCCAAUACUCCGCCGACCCCGCCGCCGGAAACCUCGCAACAGACUGGCACCUAACCCACCUAGGCGGCAUCCUCCAACGCGGACCCGGCCUCGCCCUCAUGGAAUGCACCGCCGUCGUACCGGAAGGCCGCAUCACCCCACAAGACCUAGGCCUCUGGUCCGACGCCCAGAUUCCGCCCCUCCGCCGCAUCACCGCCUUCGCGCACGCCCAAGGACAGAAAAUCGGUAUCCAACUAAGCCACGCCGGCCGGAAAGCGAGUACCGUCGCGCCCUUUAUCCACGCCAACGCAACCUCGUCGAAAGAAGUAGGCGGCUGGCCGGAUAACGUCUACGCCCCCUCCGCCCUCCGCUUCAACGAAGCAUACCCCCUCCCGAAAGCCCUCAGCCUCGCGCAAAUCGAAGACGUCAAGACUGCCUUUGUAGACGCGGCCCUGCGCGCAGUACAGGCCGGCUUCGACGUUGUCGAGAUCCACGCCGCGCACGGGUACCUCCUCCACCAAUUCCUCAGCCCCAUCUCCAACAUCCGCACCGACGCCUACGGCAGCGGCUCCUUUGAAGACCGCACCCGCCUGGUCCUCGAAAUUCUCGACCUCGUGCGGGCAGCGAUCCCGAAAGGCAUGCCGCUUCUUGUGCGCAUCAGCGCGACGGAUUGGUUCGAUGACAGGACGGACUUGGUCCCGCGCAGCUGGACGCUCGCGGACUCGUGUCGGCUUGCGCCGCUUCUGGCGGAUCGGGGCGUCGAUUUGCUGGAUGUGAGUUCGGGGGGGAUUCAUCCGCUGCAGGCGACGAGCAUUAAGGGCGGGCCGGGGUACCAGGCUGAGUUUGCAAAGGAGAUUAAAAGGGUUGUGGGGGAGAGGAUGGUUGUGUCGGCUGUGGGUGGGAUUAGCACGGGUACCAUGGCGGAGGGGCUCCUUCAGGAGGGGUUGGAUGUGGUGAUGUGUGGGAGGUGGUUCCAGAAGAAUCCUGGGUUGGUGUAUGCGUAUGCUGAUGAGUUGGGUGUCGAGGUGAAGAUGGCGAAGCAGAUUGGAUGGGGGUUCAGUGGGCGUGGAAAGGGGAAGAAGUUGAGUGAUGGAGUAGAUGCGUAGAGACUAAGGUGGAAGAUUGAGGCUUGACGUUUUGGGAGUUGAUGCGAAUCCAAAUCUACUACUGAGCAAGGGCCGAUGGGUAUGAGAUGUUUCUCCAAAAACAAAACUUUUUCAAAUAGCAAUCAACAUGAGCUUGGGU